AUGGCAAUGAACAACACCGUGACUGAAUUCAUUCUGUUUGGAUUGACACAGGAUCCAAGAAAGCAGAAAAGAAUAUUUGUAAUGUUCCUGAUUCUUUACCUGGCAACACUAGUGGGGAACUUUCUCAUUAUGGUGACUAUUAAAAACAGUAGUAAUCUUGGAAGCCCUAUGUACUUCUUCCUAUUCUAUCUGUCCUUUACUGAUGCCUGCUUCUCUACCACCACAGCCCCCAGAUUGAUUGUGGAUUCCCUCUCUCAGAAAAAGACCAUUUCCUACAAUGAAUGUAUGACUCAAGUGUUUGCAGUGCAUUUUUUUGGGUGCAUGGAGAUCUUUGUGCUUAUCCUCAUGGCGUUUGAUCGCUAUGUAGCCAUUUGCAAACCCCUACAGUACAUGACCAUUAUGCGUAGGCAGGUCUGUGUUGUGUUGAUGCUUGUGGCUUGGAUAGGAAGUUGUAUCCACUCAACAGCACAGAUUUUACUGGCUGUGCAAUUGCCUUUUUGUGGCCCCAAUGUGAUUGAUCACUACUUCUGUGAUUUGCAGCCCUUGCUGAAACUUGCCUGCAUGGAUACUUAUGUGAUAAACUUAUUAGUGGUUUCCAAUAGUGGGGCCAUAUGUAUAGUGAGUUUUAUCAUUCUGCUUAUGUCCUAUAUUGUCAUAUUGUAUUCUCUGAAAAACCACAGUGCAGAAGGAAGGAGGAAAGCCCUUUCCACAUGUACCUCCCACUUUAUUGUGGUCGUCAUAUCUUUUGGACCAUGUAUAUUCAUAUAUACAAGGCCAGCCACCACAUUUCCAAUUGACAAGUUAGUGGCUGUGUUUUAUACAAUUGGGACACCUUUGAUCAACCCUUUGAUCUACACACUGAGAAACGCAGAAGUAAAGAAUGCUAUGAGAAAACUGUGGUGCAGCAAAGUAUGA